AUGUCAGAUCCUAAUUUUAAUCAAUUCAUCAAGGAAGCACUCGAAGAAGACCAAGCUGACUUGAUCAAGGAAUUCUUGGAAGAGCCAGAUAACAUGAAAUUCGUUUUUGAAUCCGUAACUUUCCAACUUCCUGAUCCAAUUCAGUAUAAAUGUCCAAUAACAAACGCUUCCAUCUACUUCAAUGCUCCUAAAUGCUUCAAUGCUGUUAUUGAGGCGGGUGGAAGUCCUAAUGCUGUUGAUGCUUGGGGAAAAUCUUCUGCUCACUUCGCUGCUGAGUAUGGAAGACUUGAUUUCAUGAAAGAUCCACACUUCGAGAAAGCAGAACUUGUUGUUAUUGAUUGGCGCGGACGUCUUCCAAUCCAUUAUGCCGCCGAAAACAAUCAUGUCGAUGUUUUGAGAUAUCUCAUCGAAGAAAAAGGCGCCGACUUAACUCUUUCAGACAACUAUGGCAUGACUGCACUCCAUGUUGCUUGCCAACAUAAUGCUACAGAAGCUGCUGUUUAUUUACUUGAAAAAGGAGCGCAGUUGACAGCAGAUAUCUUCGGAAGGACUCCAUUAGACUUCGCUGCUAAGUUCAAUGCUGUAAAAAUCAUUCAAUAUUUCGUUGAAAAAUCACCUCAAUCAUUAAACGACGUAAACGAGAAUGGCCAAACAAUUUUACAUAGAGCAGUCAUUGGUGGAGCUCUUGAUGUCAUCCCAUUGCUCUCUCCACUCGCAAAUAUUAAAGAUAAAAUCGGAUAUACUCCUCUACACUACGCAGGACAAUAUCCUCAUGCAGGAAUUGUUCAGGCAUUAGUUAACAUUGGUUCUGAUAUCAAUGCAACUGAUGAAAAAGGAGUUACUCCUUUGAUGAUCGCAUCAUCCUUUAAUAAUCAAACAGUUGUUGAUGAAAUCCUUACAAUUUCGCAAUUACAGAAGAAUGCAAAAGACGCCAAAGGAAGAAAUGCUCUCCAUCAUGCUACAAUGAACUCUUCUUACUUAGUUAUUCCUUCUUUGGUCCAUAACGGCGUAGAUUCAAACGCAACAGACUUGGAAGGCCACACACCGAAAGAAACAGCCGAUGGAAGCUUUGCUAAAGAAUGCAGAAAACUCGCUGCCGGACAAAAGAUCAUAAUUGGAGAUUACAAGAAUCCUGGAAGAGGUCCAACAUACACAAAGUACACAGUUCCUACAGAAACAGCUCAACAACCACAAACUCAAUCACAGUGUACAAUUGCUUAA